CGGCUCCCGGCGGCACGCGAGACGCCAGCUGCGGGAAGCGGAGGACGACUGAGGUGCCGACCUGAGGUGAUGGAGCCGUCGAAGGUGGAAAAGUUCAGCUCCGCCAACAGAGGAAAUGGGCUGCGCGCCUUGGUGCAGCUGCGCCCCGGAGAGCUGCUCUUCCGCUCGGAUCCCUUGGCGUACACGGUGUGCAAGGGGAGUCGUGGCGUCGUCUGCGACCGCUGCCUCCUCGGGAAGGAAAAACUGAUGCGAUGCUCUCAAUGCCGAGUUGCCAAAUACUGCAGUGCCAAGUGCCAGAAAAAAGCUUGGCAAGACCACAAGCGGGAAUGCAAAUGUCUUAAAAGCUGCAAACCCAGGUAUCCCCCGGAUUCCGUUCGACUUCUUGGCAGAGUUGUUUUCAAACUUAUGGAAGAAACACCCUCUGAAUCGGAGAAACUUUAUUCAUUUUAUGAUCUGGAGUCAAAUAUUAACAAACUGACCGAAGAUAAGAAAGAGGGCCUCAGGCAACUUGUAAUGACAUUUCAACAUUUCAUGAGAGAAGAAAUACAGGAUGCUUCUCAGCUGCCACCUUCCUUUGACAUUUUUGAAGCUUUUGCAAAAGUGAUCUGCAACUCCUUCACCGUCUGUAAUGCGGAGAUGCAGGAAGUUGGCGUUGGCCUAUAUCCGAGUAUGUCUUUGCUCAAUCACAGCUGUGACCCCAACUGCUCCAUCGUGUUCAACGGGCCCCACCUCUUGCUGCGAGCGGUCCGCGACAUCGAGGCGGGAGAGGAGCUCACCAUCUGCUACCUGGACAUGCUGAUGACCAGCGAGGAGCGCCGGAAGCAGCUGAGGGACCAGUACUGUUUUGAAUGUGACUGUAUUCGAUGCCAAACCCAAGACAAGGAUGCUGACAUGCUUACUGGUGAUGAGCAAGUAUGGAAGGAAGUUCAAGAAUCGCUGAAAAAAAUUGAGGAACUGAAGGCACAUUGGAAGUGGGAGCAGGUUCUGGCCAUGUGCCAGGCGAUCAUCAGCAGCAACUCGGAACGGCUUCCCGAUAUCAACAUCUACCAGCUGAAGGUGCUCGACUGCGCCAUGGACGCCUGCAUCAACCUGGGUCUGCUGGAGGAGGCCUUGUUCUACGGAAUUCGGACCAUGGAGCCGUACAGGAUCUUCUUCCCAGGAAGCCACCCAGUCAGAGGCGUGCAGGUCAUGAAGGUCGGCAAGCUGCAGCUGCACCAGGGCAUGUUCCCGCAGGCCAUGAAGAACCUGAGGCUGGCUUUUGACAUUAUGAGAGUGACACACGGCAGAGAGCACAGCCUGAUUGAAGACUUGAUCCUCCUCUUAGAAGAAUGUGAUGCCCACAUAAGAGCAUCCUAAGGGGCACAGGCAAAGAUGGCUCAUAUCCAUAUCGAAUGCCUGGUGGAGGUCACAUGUGCCGCACUGUUUGUGGGCCUCCCCUCUGGGAAUGCUAGGCUGUGUUUAUGUAGGUAAAUAAGCAGGCAUACCAUGUGCAAACCACAAGAAUCAUUAGUUGUAGAGAAGCACAACAAUAAAUACAAAAAAAAUUGGUUGAAAAUGUCA